AUGCCUCGCAAACCUAUCCCCUUCCCUCCAUCCCUCGCGAACGGUUUAGGGAGCAGCACGAUAUCCACGUCCAAUAAGUCUGAGAAAUAUGCUGCAAAUGUUCAUGAUACGGAUUAUCGGCAGUCCUUGGGUUUCCGGAACAUUUAUAUCCGUCGCAAUGAUCCCCCGGUAAAACUGAUACAGCGAGCAAACAGAAUAAUUUCCCGUUCACGAGCAUCUCCGGAAAUGGAUGACGAUACAGCUCAACAGCUGGUAGUCAAAGCACGCAAGGCUGAGAAUGAGAGUGAAGAUGUCAUUAUCCAACAAUUAGUCCCUGGUAUCAUUCCUGCUAUGAGUAUGGUUCCCGAUUCAAGAUUAAUAUCGAAUGUUAAUCAAACGUGGUUCAAUUCUGUCCCCGUCCCAGUGGACCGAGACCUCCUAACCAACCCGCUCCCCUUACCUAAACCGAAACCUGAUGUCGCAUUUGGAUAUUCUGAGACAGCCUUCAAUCAUAAACAGCUUAGGACAAUUGAACUUCUUGUCGACCAGUUCGGCCGAAGCUACGCCGCCCCGGACCAGAAAGUUCGAUUUCCGUUUCUGGAGAUCGAAUUCAAAUCACAGGUCAAGAAUGGAACUCACUAUAUCGCAACAAAUCAAGCCGCUGGUGCUGGCGCUGUCGCCUUAAACGGCAACAUAGAACUGAUACAACGCAGCUUCGGAAUGGAAAACUUCGAUUACGACGAGCCACAAUAUUUCUCCAUCAGUAUGGACCAUCAACUAGUUUGUGUUAACGUACACUGGCUAAAAGCUCCGGCUGAAGGAGGGCAACAUAGCUUUCAUGUCGAAGGACUGUCACAACAUCUCUUGAACGACGCCAAUGGCAUACGAGCAGUUUCCCGAGCCAUUAAGAACAUCCUUGACUACGGUGCGGAUACACGGCUACGGACACUUCGUAGCGCACUGGAUGCAUAUCGGGAGACGGUCAUCCACAACAGGGAAGUAGCAAAUUCUCAGAGGAAGCAGGGAGACGAGUUUCUACCCAAACCACAAACUCCACCGCCGACGAGGGGAACCAUGCCACCACCUGAAGAUCAAGUGGAAGGUGGCGAAUCAUACGAGAGGGAAGACACAAUUAGCCGGCCAUCAGAUAAGCCAGUCGAGCCUUUACAAACCGAUCAGCAGUUACGGCGCGCACAGACAACAGCGCUUCGACAAGAGCAAAGUCAGGUGGAUGUGUUCUCCAAACCAGACGUGCCUCGUCCAGACGAACUUCGAGACUGA